ACAGGGGAGAAAGCAUUGAUUAAAACAAUUUCUGUGCAAAAUCACAAAAUUUUAAACAGGAAAAUGUUGAUAAAGCUAACAUUCUUCUUUAUCUUGAAGCAAUGGGAAUGAGUAUGCAGCUUAAAAAGAAACUCCUGUUGGCCUUUGUUAGUGUACUCCUUAUUGUGGUAAUAUUUAUAACAUAUGUUGGUCGUGUGAUUCCAUGGCGUGCCUACAAUCACCAUGAAAAUGUAUUUGAGUAUGAUGAAUAUAAUGAUGGAGAUUAUGAUGAGAAAGCACGCCUUGAAAAGGCGAGGAACAAUCUACCAAAAUGGAAUUACACAAAGAAGAAUAUAGGCAUUUUCAUCAGACCACGUCUUGACUGGAUGCCAACACCAAAAACAACAAAGCCACCACCACAACUUAUUGUAAAGAAAAACAAGGAGCUUUCAUUCUCCCCAACUCUACCACUUGAUAAAAUUGAGGAAAAUUUCUACAAGUAUUUGGAGCAAAAAGAUGUCAUUUGCAAACAAGACAAAAGACUUGGAUACCAGCAUGAUGGUGGAUACAAUGUGUGUUUUUCACCUCCGUUUGGUCUGAAAAAGCCAUGCCUAGUAUACUCAUUUGGUAUUGCAAAUGACUGGAACUUUGAUGAUGCAGUUUCCAAAAUUUAUGGCUGUAGGGUAUUGUCAUUUGAUCCCAGCCUAAAAGAUGUGCAUAACCAUAAUAGGAGUGAUUUAAUCACAUUCAAAAAAAUAGGACUGGGAGGCAGAAAUGGCAUCAACAGUAAAGGAUGGAAAAUGAAGACACUGAGUCAACAUUUAGAAGAUGAAGGUCACACAAAGACUGCCAUUGACUAUCUGAAGUUUGAUGUUGAAUACACAGAAUGGAAAAUUCUCAAAAAUAUUGUGAGUGAUAAUUCUCUAGACAAUGUAAAACAGAUUGGAUUUGAGAUGCAUACUCCUGAGUUUUUGUACAAGUUUAAGAAAAUUCCCAAACCAAAGCAUACCACAGUGAAGGACUACCUAGAAAUGGUCAAAUUACUGAAGGGACUAGAGAAGAAAAACUUCAGAAGGUUUAACCACAGAAGAAAUCCUUUUUGUGAAUAUGAAGCACCAGGUUCUAAUAAGAAAUAUUACCAUUGUUAUGAACUCCAUUAUGUUAACAUGAAGUUUGUGUCAGCCAAUCACACCAUUGCUGAGGAAUAACGGGGGAUUUAGAUAUCCACAGAUUUUCAUGAGAUUAUAAUUGGUAGCUUCUUUUUUUUUUUUUUUUUCAAGAAAGUGGGGAAAAAACUUUAUAAGGUACAAUGUACCCAGAUAAUUUAGAUAUGUGUGUACUACUGUGUGUAAAAUAUUUUAAGUUUAAAUUAUACAUGUAUAAAUAAAGAUAUACCAGUAUUUUUUCUCCCUUGGGUGGAUUACUCGCACAUGCGGUAAGAGCUGGUAAACAUUUUGCAGAUAUAAAUGCUUCAUACUGUAAAGUCACUUAUUUUCGGAGGGUCAAUUUUUUGUUGUUUUAAGGAAGAAAUAUUGAAUUGUGGGUAUUUGAUUUCAUGGUUAAGGAGGGUAGAGAUAUUUUAAAUUAUUUUAACAUUUUAUGGUGGGCAUGAUUUGUGGGUCUCUUCAUACCACACAGUGAAAAUUAAAUCCCAAUGAAAAUGAGUGAUUUCACAGUAAAUUUAAGAUGGUCCAUGUGGAGGUAUUGGUAUAUCAGAGGAAUUUCAAUUGUUUUUAACCAUCAGCAUAAUAUUAAUUACAUUAUGUUUAAGCCACACCAAAUUAAUUUUUCUUUUGCAUCCUCUUCCCAUAAUGUAUAAAUUGAUCAAUGAAAGUGAGAACUCCCCAUCUCCCCAAAUGUAUAUAUGUGGUUUAUUUUUGUGUAAAUAUUUUGGGAUAAAUAUAAUCAAAAAAGCAAACAAUGUCCUUCAUUGUUUAAGACCCAUGAAUACACUACAUUUUGUUUGGCUGUAAUUUUUAUUUUUACAAUUUGAAAUGUAGAUGAUAUUAUAUCUUUCAGCUUUGCUGAUUCUAAAGAAUGGAAAAUUGAUUUGGUGUGUAUUGUACCUUUACCAGCAUUAUAAUUUGCAUUUAUACAGACUUUAUAUGAAGAGGUUGUGAUGUUUAUCUUUUUUUUUUUUUACUUUUAUAUGAUAUAUACAUGUAGUUAUACUAUAUAAUAUACCAGAUAUUGUUGUCCAUUUUGUUAUUCAUUUUGCAUAUUUUUUUUUACUAUUAAUACUGGUAAGACCAGACAGAUUAUGCAAUGGUAGAGUGUCCAUUUUCCUUAACUUUGUCUGUAAAUAAUUUUUCAAAAGGCUACUCCUCCUAUUAUUAUGGUCUGGUUUCAAUAAUAUUUGGUAUAUAAGCACACUAUACCAGAAACAUCAUUCUACAGAAAACUGUUGACAUACAUGUAGUUACUGAAAAUGUAUUUGUUUUUAAUUUCUCAAAAAGCUACCCCCAAGCCCCCCUUUUUUCUGAAAAAAGAAUGAUUUGUGAAAAUCUUUAAAAAUGUUACCUACAGUUUUGGUUUGAUUGUCAAUUAAAAUUGAUACAAGUGAAGAAAAACAAGCAAAUUCAGAGAAUUGUGGUCCCCUGAUUUAGGGGUCUUAUUGAUUAGGGGUGCAAUGAUUUAUUUAUUUAACCAUCUUGUUUGUCCUGGCUUGUCUGUUCAUCUCUCUCCCCCCCCCCCCCCCCCCAAAAAAAAAGUUUUAAAUUGUUGAUUUUGAUAUUUAUGUUCUGGUGCAAAGUUGUCACCAAGAUUAAAGUUUUUGAAAGUCAAACUUUGAAGUCUUAAGUCAUGAGGUCAAAAGUCAUAGUACAUUCCAAAAUGUCUAGUCACAAGUAAUGCACGUGUAAAAAUAUGAAAGCCCUGUCUCUUCAGUUGUAAAAGGUAUGGCCAAAUUAAAUUUUUUUUUAAAGGAGGUCAAACUUUAAUUCCAAGAUCAUGAUGUCAAAGAUGACCGUACUCCUUGGAAGAUGUUGUCACAGGUAAUGUACCUGUAAAAAAUUACCAGGGUCACAGGGUCGAAAAUCAUAGUGCAUUUGGAAAGGUCUUAAUGUUGUAGGUAAUGCACAUGUGAAAUACGAAAGCUCUAUCUAGAUGACCAAUGUUAAUAUUUUCUAAAAUUAGGUCAAUUUCAAGAUCAAGGUCAUGGGGUAAUAGUGCAUUUGAAAAGGUCUUAAUUGUCACAGAAAAUGCAGGUGUCAACUAUGAAAGCCUUAUCUUUUUUCAACAACAGCAGGUUUCUUAAUUCUGUAAAUGUAAAUCUAGAAAAGUGUGUUCCAAGUCCAUUUACAACUUUUCACAUCCAAUAGUACAAGUACAUCAGUAAAGCUACAGUCUCGUCAGAGAUUUCUGGUUACAAGGCAUAAAUCUGGAGGAUGUUAUGGCACAUGUAUUUAUAAUAUUCCUACAUAAUGUUAACAUUAAACAU